AUGAUCUACGAAUUCGGGAGUACGGUAUGUCAAGUUUUUGAAAUUGGAGAGGUAACAUCGGUGAAAAGAAACAAUGACAUUGGAAAACGAUUUGGCUAUAAAAUUGCGGAUUCAAAAAACCCAACAUGUCCAGGAGGGGAUACUGUAGGCGGAGAGGGACACUACUUCGAAACCAAUGAAACAUCGGGUCGUCAAAUCUACCAAAGCUACAGUAUCUCGUAUGACACGAUUUCGGAAUCUUGGAUUUUCAAUUCUUCAGCUAUUAGAAUGUGUCUAAAUGAAAGAUUCAAAAUGUUCUUGAGAGAAAAAGGACCCUGGUGUCUAGUUGUAAUGAGCUCACUGACUAUAGUAUCAGAAGAUCAUAGAUAUUCAGAGCGAGCCAAUGAUACGAACAAAUCGAAUGUAUGGUUGGAUGGAGUUCGAAAACCGGAAUGUAUUGGGAAUUCUAGCUGUCAAGGGGUCAAUGCAUUCUUCUUCACCGACCCAUUCCUUUCUGAGAACCCGACAGGAUUUCUUUGGAAUCCAAAUCAACCGAAUGGAAUUUCCAACGAUUGUUUGGUUUGGAGGAAUAACCCAGAUGGUAGCUCUGGGAUUGAUGACGUUCCGAACACAGUGGACAACUUGACUUGUUUCAAUGCAUAUAUGUGUGGACAGCCACCAACUUGA